AUGCGCCCAUCAAUCAGCUGGAAACUUUUUUGCGCUGGUUGGGCCCUGGCCUCAACCGGCUUCUGCACCAGCAGUGGCCUCUUGGCUGACCUGCAAGAAUGGGCUUCAGCAUACAACCAGUCCGUCGCCGCAGUGGCAACCCUAUCCAAUGUAGACAAGAUCCGGCUCAUCUCCGGCCAAAGCGUGCCUUCCAUCAACUUUGAGCCCUAUACAGCCGACGACGGCUCCCAAGGGCUAGAGAGCUUCUUCUACGUGACCUUAUUUCCCAGAUCCUCAGCGAUGGCCCAGACCUGGGAGCCCGAGCUCAUCAAAGCCAACUUUCAUGCCGUCGGCCAGGAGUUCUACGGCAAAGGCUACACCAUGAUCAACGGUCCAACGGUUGGCCCACAAGGCCGUACCCCCUGGAGCGGCCGUCUAGUGGAAACCCUAGGUCAGGACGUCUACCUGGCCGGAAUUGCAUUCGCACACGCCACCGAGGGCAUCCGCGAAGCCGGCAUCAUCCCCUGCGGCAAGCACUUCCUCCUCAACGAGCAGGAGACCAAUCGCUCCGAAGUCUACUGGUCCAACAACGGAGUCACCGUCCCCCUCAACAACACCGCCUACUCCAGCAACGCCGACAACAAGACCCUCCACGAAGCCUACCUCUGGCCCUUCUACGACGGCGUCAAAGCCGGCCUCGGCGCCGUAAUGUGCGCCAUGAACCGCGUCAACGGGACUUACGCCUGCGAAACCCCCAACCUGCUCAACAACGUCCUCAAAACCGAACUGGCAUUCCCCGGCUUCGUCACCCCCGACACCUCUGGCCAACACACAGCCCUAGGCUCUGCCAACGCCGGCAUGGACUUCGGCGCUACCUCCUUCUGGAACCCCCAGACCCUCCUCCCAGCCCUCGCCAACGGCUCCCUCUCCCAAGCCCGCCUCGACGACAUGGCCAUCCGCAACCUCAUGCCCUACUUCCAGCUCGGCCUCAACACCAAAACCAUUCCCCCCAAUCCCCCGGCCACAGCCCCCGUCGACGUUCGCGCCAACCACCGCGCCCUCGUCCGCAAAGCCGGCAGCGCAGCCAUAACCCUCCUCAAAAACACCAACAACACCCUCCCCCUCCACAAACCACCCUCCAUCGGCAUCUUCGGCUCCCACGCCCGUCCCACGCUCAUCGGCCCCGGCAAAACAAUGGACGACGUGCACACUCACACCACCUGGCCAGGCCAACUCAUCUUCUCCGGCGGCUCCGGCAUCAGCAGUCCCUCCUACCAAAUCACCCCCUACGACGCCCUCCUCUCCAAAGCCCUCCAAGACGGCACCCAACUCAUGUUGGCAAUGGACGACGACCUCCCCAUCAUCCCCUACACCGCCGUAACCGGCACAAUGGGAACCUCAGCAGCACCCACCUUCGCCGGCUACGCCUCGGCCGUAUCAACCUGCCUCGUCUUCAUCAACGCCUGGAGCGGCGAAGGCCACGACCGCAGCGAACUCCGCAACAUCCCGCAAGACAAGAUGAUCCUCACCGUGGCCCAAAACUGCGCCAACACCAUCGUCGUCAUCAACACCGUCGGCGCCCGUCUCCUCGACUCCUGGAUCGACCACCCCAACAUCACAGCCGUCCUCUACUCCUCCCUCCUAGGCGAACAAUCAGGCAACGCCAUCAUCGACGUCCUCUACGGCGCCGUCAACCCCUCCGCGAAACUCAUCCACACUAUCGCCCGUAAUGAAUCAGACUACCCCGUCCCGGUCUGCAUGACCGCAGAUUGCGAUUUCACCAAGGAAAAGGUCUACCUCGAUUACAACUACGUGAAUGAUUCCGCGCUCGCUCAUCCCAUCCCCACGGGUAAACUUAUCCCUGGCGGAAAGGCGGAUCUUUGGGACGAGGUCAUGCGGAUUACGACGUAUAUCACGAAUUCGGGGGAUAGGGAUGGGGCGGAGGUCGCGCAGCUGUAUGUUUCGUUUCCCGAGGAGGCGGAUCAACCGGUUAGACAGUUGCGAGGGUUUCAGAAGGUUUUUCUGAGGUCGGGGGAGAAAGGGUUGGUGGAGUUUGGGUUGAGGAGGAGGGAUUUGAGUUUUUGGGAUGUGGGGAGGCAGGAGUGGGUGCUUGCUAGGGGGCACUUCGAUUAA